UGUAGGGAAAACAUUAGGUUGUUUUUUUGUGACAAAUGAUCUAAUUUAGGAAGGAGAAAUUGUUAAGUGGGCCCAUUGCACUUUCUAUUUGGACUCCUCCUUCCCCUUCGCGGUGAACUCUAAUUACCGCUCCUAGUUAUUUGGUGGGGAGCGCGAGAGUGAGAGCGAGGGACAGAAACAGAGCAGGAGAUUGUAAUUGAUUGGGUUCGGUUCGCACCUUGCCUGUCGUUACCCAGGAAAAGUGGCUCAGAGACGCGGAGAGACAGCGAGUCAGAAGUGUCCGUGCAGCCUGCAGCUCUGCGGGCGACAUGCGGCCAGAGACGCACCUGUGAUCCGAGCGGCGGACCAUCUUUACCGCCCACGCAGCUUCUCCUUUCCCUCCUCCGGCUCAGCACUGCGUCUCAAUAAAAUAACCGAUCGGUCAGGUGUCACCACGAUAAGGCGUGAGGCUGCCAUGACCUCCGGGGACGACUCUAACGUGCGGAGGCGCAGUCCGUUGGACCAGCUGCCGCCGCCGGCCAACUCCAACAAGCCGCUGACGCCUUUCGGCAUCGAGGACAUUCUCAACAAGCCAUCGGUGAGGAGGAGCUUCUCCCUGAGCGGCACGCCGCAACACUUCUCCGACAAGAAGCUGCUCUCGGAAGGCCACGGCCUGUCCAGCCGGGCGCUGCUCAGCCAGACCUCCCCGCUCUGCGCGCUGGAGGAGCUGGCCAGCAAAACCUUCAAGGGCUUGGAAGUCAGCGUGCUGCAGGCAGCCGAGGGCCGGGACGGUCUGGCGGUCUUCGGCCAAAGAAACAACCCCAAAAAAAGGCGAAAGUCCCGCACGGCGUUCACCAACCACCAGAUCUACGAGCUGGAGAAACGCUUCCUUUACCAGAAGUAUUUGAGUCCGGCCGACCGAGACCAGAUCGCCCAGCAGCUCGGUCUGACCAACGCGCAGGUCAUCACCUGGUUCCAGAACCGGCGGGCCAAGCUUAAGCGGGACCUGGAGGAGAUGAAGGCGGACGUGGAGUCCGCCAAGGUCGCGGGCACCGUGGCCAUCGAGAAGCUCUCCAAGCUGGCCGAGCUGGAGAAGUGUGCGGCCGGCGUUCUGGGCGCGGGGGCCGUAUCCGACCGGGUCUCCUCGCGGCCACGGUGCGACAACACGAAGGGCCUCGACUACAGCAGAGCGCGCGUGUUGUCUCCCUCGCCCGCGUCGUCCUGGUGCACAGACCGGCUGGGCAGCUGCUCGGCGGAUGAAAAUGACGAGAUUGACGUGGACGACUAAACAAACAAUUGCGUAGCGGUGUGAAAUGUCAAACAACGCCAUGUUAGCGGACAGAGCGAAUUGCAUCCUUCAAGCGCGGACGCGGAGCAAAGCUUACAACCGCCUCGGUGCUUUUGACCCGCUGCUUUCUGCGGGACCACACGCGUGCUCAAGAGAUAUAUUCACAAGGGACGCCUUCUGCUCACAACCUCCGUGACACGUCAAGUCAUAUUCUCUCUGGAUCUGACGUUGAAAUUAUCAAAGGGCAUCUUAUUGCAAAUCUUUUUUUAAUAAGCCCAAAUGACCAAACGCAGAACAUGGGCAAACAAACCCGAUAUUUCUAUAUUUAUAAUGCUUUGUACCAUUUAAGUGCCUUUGGGACAGAACGCAAAACAAUGUACAAAUGUAAAAUACGAAUAAU